UAAUGGGCAGUUAAUGAAUGGGCUUCUUGACAAAAUCAAUUAUCUUUUUAGAAACAGAAAAAAAUAAUCUCUUCUUUCUCGGUCGUCUUGUCUUCUGCAAGCUAAGCUCCUCUUUCGAUUUCAGCAGAGAGAUGUCUGCGUACGAAAAUGUUAUUGGUGGGAAGCUAAAGCUGAAAGGGAAGGCUUUAGAUGUGAAAGCAGGUGGAGUCAAGAAGAAGAAGAAGAAGAAACAGAAGAAACACGAAGAGCAAGCUCUUAAAAUUACUGAACAUGAACACAUAGAAGGAGAAAACGAAGAAGCAUUGGGUAAAUUGAUUGAAGGAGGAGAAGAAGAAGAUGAGGAGGGUAGGAGUGGAAAGGAGGAUGGAAAAGUGCAACCUGAUGAUGAUGAUCUGUUAACGCCUGCAGAAAGACGGUACAUAGAGCAGAAGCAGAAACUGGAUGUGCAGAAACUAGCCAAGGAAGCUAACAAGUCUCACCGUAACAGGAUUGAGGAUUUCAAUCAGUAUCUGGCUAACAUGAGUGAGCAUUACGAUAUCCCUAAAGUGGGACCUGGUUAAAUCAACUUCUUCCUUGUCUCUCUCUCUGCUUAUUUCAGUUUGGCAUUGUCGAACAGCUACUGUUGUUGGAUCUCUCGUGUUAUUCCCAUAACUUUGCUAUUAUAUGGCCUCUGCUCUUUUCUAUGAUGGACACAUUUUCGUGGAAUGUUCACUCUUCCUCCUUCCUCCUGUAUCUCUCAGUUUCCAAACUUGUUCUAUUUUCUCAAUCACAAAACAAUUUUUUUCAA